AUGUCCAUUCAGACAAUUCUAGAUGCUGCCUCAUCACUCUACCCCUUGAUCACCAAGGAACUAUCUGAUCAGAAUGGAAAGGUUUUCGGACCAAAAUCAUGGUCUCUAACAGAAUUGGAUGAAUGGAAACGUACACAACUUCCUCUCAUCUUAAAGGACAGACUAGCUGACCAUGACUUACACUUGACUAAAGAGGAGUUGGCUCUUCUCAUGGAUUGGAAACUAGCCAAAGGGAAAUUCAGACCAACUCUUCCAAAACUUAUUCAAUCAAAUGAUGAAGACGCUGUGAAACAGGUUACUCAAACUGGUCUCAAAAUGUUCAUGGAUUUCGCCCUAUCCUUGAAGCAUCAAAAAUGGAACACAUUAUCCUUUCUGGAGUACCAGCAGGCUAUAAAAGAUAGUUUAAAGAAAGUCUGUGAGCUAAGAGGCGUUGGUCCGGCUACAGGUAGCCUUAUUCUUUCGUUGCUCAGUCAAUGUACGGCUUUUGCUGCUCCAUUUUUCAGCGAUGAAGCCUUCAUGUACUAUGUUCAAGAGCCGAUGAAGCCCAAUACCCCUAUCAAGUACAAUGUGAAAGAAUACACCGAAGAGUACGUUGGUGUUCUUUUCGGUAUACUUCAAGAGAACCCUAAGCUGUCUAUGAACGAAUUAGAAAAUGGUGGAUGGGCGCUCAAAAUGUACUAUGAAAACAGGAUAGCCAAAUUAAGUACUGUGAAGCUUCCUUUCGAAGUUGACGAUAGUACCAUGAAAGAGUUCUCGAAUGCGUCUAAGUAUAUGCCUAUUGUCGAGAAAAAGCGCAAAUCGACUACCAUAAGGCCAGCGAAAAGAGCUAAGAAAAGUAAGUAG